AUGAGUAAUUACAGGAGUUCUAUGUCUUAUCCUCAUUUAACACCAUUGCGGCUACCUCCAGGUCCUGCUCCUGCACCUGUGGUUGGGAAUUUCUUUCAGGUUUAUGUAAAGGAACCGUACAAGUAUUACCUCGAGCUCAGUAAAAAACAUGGAUGUAUUUUCACCCUUUGGUUUGCUAAAACACCUGUUGUGGUGAUCUCUGGAUACCGAGCCCUGAAAGAGACCAUGAUUGGUAUGGGUAAUGAGUUUAGUGGAAGGGCAAAUUACCCCCUCAUAAUGAAGAUCACAAAUGGAUAUGGUGUUUUGGUCAGCAGUGGGGAAAGAUGGAAGCAGCUUCGGCGGUUCACUCUGUUAACCCUGAAGAACUUUGGAAUGGGUCGGCAAACCAUUGAGGAUAAGGUGAAAGAGGAGGCCAGCUAUCUCGUACAAAGUUUUAGUACAUUUGGAGACUCUGCUUUCAAUCCAGGAAACAUGAUAAAUAAAGCAGUGUGCAAUGUAAUUUGCUCAAUCAUAUUUGGCAAGAGAUUUGAAUCUGAUGACCCACAGUUAAAUCUUAUGCUCGGGGCUGUUAAAGACUAUUUUAAUGUUCUCAAUAGUCCACUUGGGCAGGCUUAUAAUAUUUUUCCCAAAAUCAUGGGCCUUUUCCCUGGCCAUCUCCAUGACAUGUUGUCAAAAGUGGAAGAGGCCAAAGGUUUAUUUAAGCUUGAAGCAGAGGCACGGAUGAAGACACUGGAUCCUUCUUCACCCCCUAAAGAUUUCAUUGAGGCUUUCCUUUUACAAAUGGAAGAGGAAAAACAUAACCCUAACACAGAAUUUAACUUCAAUAACUUAUUGUGCACAACAUGGGCCAUGUUUAGUGCUGGCACUGAGACUACGUCUUCUACAAUCAGACAAAGCCUGCUGCUAAUGAUGAAGCACCCAGAUAUUCAAGCACGAGUCCAGAGGGAGAUUGAUGAGGUGGUCGGACGAGAUCGGAGCCCUUCCAUUGAUGACAGACAGAACAUGCCAUAUACAGAUGCAGUCAUUCAUGAAGUUCAGCGUACCAUGGAUAUUUCACCUACUGCUGUUCCACAUAAAAUGUUAUAUGACACUGAGUAUAGGAACUAUCUCAUUCCCAAGGAAACCAUGGUUCUUCCAUUGCUGUCUUCUGUGCUUUCUGACCCUGAGCUAUGGAAGAACCCUGACAAUUUUGACCCUGAGAACUUCCUGGAUGAACAGGGACGAUUCAAAAGAAGUGAUGCAUUUGUUGUAUUUGGAAUGGGGAAGCGGGCCUGUUUAGGUGAAGCUCUGGCCCGAGUGGAACUGUUUAUUAUGUUCACGUCUCUCCUCCAGCACUUCACCUUCAGGGCCACUCAACCACUGGAAGAGAUUGACACCACUCCUGCCAUUUGUGGUUUUGGCCGUUUACCUCGUUUUUAUGAGUGCUACGCUGUGCACAGAACAUAAACAGCUGUUUUUCUUGGA